UGGCGGUACCCAUAUACAGACAUGCAAGAAAUGUAAUUUGAGAAUUUGGUGAGUUAGCUCACCUCCAUCUUAAGCCGCACCAACCUUCUUCUCCACCUCCCUCUACGAUCUUCUCUCUCUCUCUCUCUGCCUCACAGGUUCCUUUUGUCUCUGUUUCUGUCAUCCUCGCAACUUGAGCCCAAAAUCCGUUUCAGUUUUCCGUUCUUUUUCGCCCAUGGAUUCUCCUGUCAAAGACAGAGAUUCUGGCAAGGAAUUACGCCGGAAACCCACAUAUGAACUGCAAACCGUCGACCUAUCCUACAUGCUGCACCCUCCCACUGCCACAUCCACAUCAUGGCUCCCAUGGCGCUCCAUUUCCUCCUGCACCACGGCCACCUCCAGAAGCAUCCUCCGGGGAGUGAGCUUCAAGGCCAGGAUCGGAGAGAUCCUGGCGAUCGCGGGGCCGAGCGGCGCCGGUAAAUCGACGCUGCUAGAGAUCUUAGCCGGAAAGGAACUUCCUGGGAGGCUCUCCGGAGAAGUGUUGGUUAAUGGUCGUCCUAUGGAUGGCGCCAGGUACCGGCGAAUCUCCGGCUACGUUACACAGGACGAUGACGCGCUCUAUCCGCUGCUUACGGUAGAAGAGACGCUCCUGUACAGCGCCCGUCUCCGGCUCCCCAAUGACGGAAACCGCGCCGGACGGGUGAAGGCCCUUCUUGCAGAGCUGGGAUUGGAGCACGUUGCCGAGUCGCGUGUUGGCGGCGGUAACGUUCGCGGGAUCUCCGGCGGAGAGAAGCGGCGCGUCUCGAUCGGCGUCGACCUCGUCCACAAUCCGGCGGUACUAAUCCUCGACGAGCCCACCUCCGGCCUGGAUAGUGGCUCCGCCUUACAAGUAAUGAGCAUGCUGAAAUUCAUGGCGGGAAACCAGGGGAAGACCAUAGUGGUGAGCAUUCACCAGCCUGGCGUUCGGAUCCUCGAGCUCGUUAGCCAUGUCCUCCUUCUUGGAGACGGCAGCGUCGUCCACCACGGUUCCAUGGAAGAGCUUCAGGUCAAGCUCAUUAAAUCCGGCCACUGCAUUCCUCCCCACGUCAACGUUCUGGAGUUCGCCAUGGAUGUCAUUCAGAGCCUUAAGAUCGUAGUUCAGGCAAUAAAGCCCAUCGAGGCAAAAGAAGAAAGAGAAGGCGGAAGAAAGGCCCUGGAAACUGUCCCUGAGGAAGAACUACCAAUCGCUGCUCCGGAAGAUGGCCAUGGCCGACUCGAACCUGCAACUUUCCGUUACGCGAACUCCGCGGUGAACGAGGUGGGCAUCCUGAGCGAGAGGUUUUGCAAGAACGUUCUCAGGACGAAGCAGCUCUUCACGGCCAGGACGGUUCAGUCGACGGUCGCCGGACUCGCGCUCGGCACCAUCUUCCUCAACGGCGGCGGGUGGAGGGAGAAGAUCGGCUUCUUCGCGUUCACGCUCACAUUCCUCCUCUCGUCGACCACGGAGGGUCUCCCCAUCUUCCUAGAAGAGCGGAAGAUUCUGAUGAGGGAGACCUCGAGGGGAGCUUACAGGGUGGCCUCCUACGCCUUGGCCAACGCUCUGGUUUUCCUGCCAUUCCUGCUUAUGGUGGGAGUUCUGUACUCCACCCCUGUCUACUGGCUGGUAGGCCUCCGCAGGGACAUCCUGGGGUUCCUCUACUUCCUCCUGGUGGUGUGGAUGGUGCUGCUCAUGGCCAAUUCCUUCGUCGUCUGCUUCAGCGCCGCCGUGCCCAACUUCAUCAUGGGGAACUCCAUGGUUUCCGGCUUCAUGGGCUGUUUCUUCCUCUUCUCAGGGUACUUCAUUGCACAGAACAACAUACCCAAGUACUGGCUCUUCAUGCACUAUAUGAGUCUCUUCAAGUACCCAUUUGAAGCCUUCUUAAUCAAUGAGUAUGGGAGCGACAGAUUCAGGUGCUUGGAGAAGGAGCAGGGGAUCUGCGCCAUGGAUGGCAGUCAGUUGCUAGCGCAGCAAGGAAUCAGGCUCUCAGAGAAAUGGAGCAAUUUGGGGGUGAUGGCGGUCUUCAUUUUUGGGUACAGGCUGAUCUCUUACUUCCUUCUUUGCUAUAGAUGCAGUGGGUGCAGAAAGGUGAUCUUGAUUCGUUAAUGUCACCAUUAUUUUGGAUUGUGUUGUUGUAAUAAUAAGUAAAGAGUACUUCUCACUAUAAUUCUUGCAAGAUUUCAUUCUUUGUGAUGUUUGAUGU